UUUUUAUUUCUUCAAAGUUCAGCACACUGGCAGGUCUGAUAUUGCCCAGCCUGAUCGAAUAAGUGGAGUAUGCAAUCUACGCGUAUAUACAGAUUGAGCGUCAGCAAUUGACAGUCGAUAAAGAAAACAACAAAUGCAACAACAUUUUGGCGUUCUCCCGGGCUAAUCGCAAGUGUAAACAAAGUUUUGCCGGAUUUUCGUGCGAAAAAUAUUGUAGAACAAUGGGGCGUAGAAAAUCGAAAAGGAAGCCACCACCGAAGCGCAAGAACAUUGAACCAUUGGAUCAGCAAUUCAACUGCCCAUUCUGCAACCACGAAAAAUCCUGCGAGGUAAAAAUGGAUAAGCCCAAAAACUCAGCUAAGAUAUUAUGUCGCGUAUGUUUGGAGGAGUAUCAAACGUCGAUAAACUUCCUAUCGGAACCGGUAGAUGUGUACAACGAUUGGGUGGACGCUUGUGAGACGGCAAACUAAGUACGCAAAUCUGAUAGCAAAUUUGCCGAGAAUUGGUCUUUGAUAUGGAACACAAAACGUCAGUGCUAGUGAGAGUGGAACAGUGAAAAAUAAUUACUGGAAGGCGGGUAGUAGUGGUUGUUGGGUGGUAAAAAAAAACUCCAGGACGC